AUGCCCGCGCUGCCCGCAGACCCCUGGGAGGUGCCGUUCGAGGAGAUCCUGGACCUGCAGUGGGUGGGCAGCGGCGCGCAGGGCGCCGUGUUCCUGGGCCGCUUCCACGGCGAGGAGGUGGCCGUGAAGAAGGUGCGGGACCUCAAGGAGACCGACAUCAAACACCUGCGCAAGCUCAAGCACCCCAACAUCAUCACCUUCAAGGGCGUGUGCACCCAGGCCCCCUGUUACUGCAUCAUCAUGGAGUUCUGCGCCCAGGGCCAGCUCUACGAGGUGCUGCGCGCCGGCCGCAAGGUCACCCCGUCCCUGCUGGUGGACUGGUCCAUGGGCAUCGCCGGCGGCAUGAACUACCUGCACCUGCACAAGAUCAUCCACCGCGACCUCAAGUCGCCCAACAUGCUCAUCACCUACGACGACGUGGUGAAGAUCUCGGACUUCGGCACCUCCAAGGAGCUCAUCGACAAGAGCACCAAGAUGUCGUUCGCCGGCACCGUGGCCUGGAUGGCGCCCGAGGUGAUCCGCAACGAGCCCGUGUCCGAGAAGGUGGACAUCUGGUCCUUCGGGGUGGUGCUGUGGGAGCUGCUGACGGGCGAGAUCCCCUACAAGGACGUGGACUCGUCGGCCAUAAUCUGGGGCGUGGGCAGCAACAGCCUCCACCUGCCCGUCCCCUCCAGCUGCCCCGACGGCUUCAAGGUGCUGCUGCGCCAGUGCUGGGGGCCCCCUCCCCCCCUGCCGCAGGCCGAGUGGCGGGAGGAGGUGAAGCUGCACUUCGAGAAGAUCAAGUCGGAGGGGACGUGCCUGCACCGGCUGGAGGAGGAGCUGAUCAACCGCCGGCGCGAGGAGCUGCGGCACGCGCUGGACAUCCGGGAGCACUACGAGCGGAAACUGGAGCGAGCCAACAACCUCUACAUGGAGCUCAGCGCGCUCAUGCUGCAGCUGGAGCUCAAGGAGAAGGAGCUGCUCAGGCGGGAGCAGGCGCUGGAGAAGCGCUACCCCGGGCUCUUCAAGCCGCGGGUGCCGCGGGGGCUCCUGCACGGCAACGCCGUCGAGACCCUCAUCAAGAAACGCAACGUGCCCGCAGAGGGACCCCCGGGCCGGGCCCGCUGCGGCACACAUCUACCAGAGCACGUUCUCACCGUGGCAACUUUAUUACAGGUACAGACAGGUAAGAGAGGACAGGUGAGACCCCAGGGCACCGGGGAUGCAAUUCCCCCUCCCCCAGAAAAAGAAUGA